UUUCCGUCUUCAAAGUAAAGUAAAAUGUCAGCUACGUUAGCGACAUACCACGGUGGGGAUGGUGAUGGCAGGGAUCCCCCUGAUCCUUCUAGGGUACCGUCGUCUUGCGAAGCAGUUCCACCUCCGGUCAGAAAGGGUCGUGGGGUUGCCGCAAACGCUAAUCUCGAAAAAAAAAAGGAGAGAUGCUGGUAAGCCCUUGCCGGUGGAGGUAGAUCUUGAAACAGGCAAAGUUGUUGGCGCUGAAGCAAGCAAUUAUGUUCGAUUUCUUGGCCAACAAGUAAGCAUGUUGUGCCCGGGUGGUCAUCUUAAUUUUUCUGAUGUACCCCAACAAUACAAGGAUCAAGUGCUCAAUCGAAUUAGAUACUACUUUGAUAUCGAUGGGAAUCCCCAUCGAGACCUACUUAUGGGGACUUUAUAUUCGGUGAUGGCGGAGCGGUAUAGUGAGCGAAAGACACUCAGACACAAGCAUUUCAAACAACAUUACAAAAAACCAGAAGAUUGGGACACAGUUCUCAAAUUCCCCCCUGACUACUUGAAUACCGAGACUUGGAAACCGGUUUGCGAAUUGUUCGUUAGCGAGGCAUUUUUGAAUCGUUCAACUAAAAAUAAAUCGAAUCGGCAACUAAUGAAAUAUCCAACAACGCAAGGCACAAAAUCGUUGGCGUCCAUACGCCACGGAAUGGUAUGUAUUAAUUCUUUAAUUCUUUAA